GGUGGUGCCUGCGGCGCCGCCGCCGCUGCCCUGGGCGCGGGGACGCGGCGGGUCCCUCCCCCGGAGCCGCCCAGGCGCCUCCCUCCGUCCCUCCCUGCCUCGUCGGGCCGCCGCGGUGAGUCACGACGGAGGAGGCGGCCGCUCCUCUCCUCACCGCACGGCUCCGCUCGCCCGCUCCCACCGCCGCCCGCACCGCAGCACCGCCGGGGCCGGCCCGGCCCCGCACGCAGGAAAUCCAGGAGCUGGCAGGAGGGGAAUGAACCGUGAGGGCGUCCCCGGAAAGAGUCCGGAGGAGAUGUACAUUCAGCAGAAAGUGAGAGUCCUACUCAUGCUGAGGAAGAUGGGAUCAAACCUGACUGCCAGUGAAGAGGAGUUCUUGCGCACGUAUGCAGGUGUAGUGAAUAGCCAACUUAGCCAGCUGCCUCAACACUCAAUUGAUCAGGGUGCUGAGGAUGUUGUGAUGGCAUUUUCCAGGUCAGAGACAGAAGAUAGAAGACAGUAAUUACAGGACACCUGAAUGACACAGAACUGGAGAGGACAGUGUGAUUCCUGAAGAUAGAGGAGGAUGGCUGAGCGUUAAUAAGUUCCUUUGCCCACUCUAAGUUUUCCAUGGUUGUCCUUCUCCUUUGUAAUUUUGCUUCCAUUUGCCCAGCCCUCAGAAUGCAUCUCACAGCCAUCUGUUCCUAUAAGUUUUUGCUACUCAGCUGGGCUGUGUUAAGUAAGGACAAACCUACAGGUGUGUUUUUGAUUGGCUCAAAGGGACAGACUGUGAUUGGCUAAAAGAAGACAAUUUUUAAACUUGACCAAUGAAAACCUUUUCUCUUAUUUUAUUUUCUAUUUCAAAGUCUCUUGACAUCCUACUUCUAAAGAAGCUUUUCAUGCUGUGGUGCUUAUUUAGGUCAAACUUGUGAAUUUGAAGAGGGUUUGAUUUGGCUGCGUAGAACUGGAAGCAAGUUGUGGUUGGUUGACAAUGCAAAUGCUUUACCUUCAGUUGGCUUGCAGGUGUUUUGCUGACAUCAACAUUCUCAUUGCAGAAGGCUGAUAUUUUGGUGCGUUGGCUGUUUCUUUAUCCUUACUGACUUGGGGAAAAAGACAAAUGUGCUUUGCGAUAUUUAUUACAUCUAUACACGUAUACAUGCUUGCUUGUUUGUUUUUGUUUGUUUUUGAUUGGCUUUGAAAUCACGUUUUUCCUUUCCUCUUGUCUGCAGUGUUUCUGAUGCCAUCAGUUUUUCCAUACUCAUCUGCCCUGUGGCCUCGAGCUCUUUUGGGAGCAUGUGUUGAAAGUGUGUUUAGUUCAGUAAGCCUACCUGUUUCAGCUGGAACACGGAGAUCACCAGCCGUUCUGUGCUUCUGUGUGAGCUGUGCUAUGAACUCCUGGUUAAUCUGGUCAUUCAGGUGGCUUCUCUCUUUGCUUCUGACAGAGGAGCUGUAGGUAUUUUGCAGGAAUUGCAAGAAUGAGAUCUAUGGCUGUGAUGUGAAUUUGCCAAAUUUGUAUAGAGAAUAUGUGAACUUGUUUAAAAUACGACAUAUAGUUCCACUUUAACCUUUUAAUUGCUGCACGAGACUAGCUCUCGUACAAGGGAAAACUAAUGAUCAUUAACUUAAAUCCAGCUUUCACUGGGCUUUAAUAAAGUAAGUUCCUAGUCACUUGAAAAAAUUACAUGUGGUUUGGCUCCCUGAGACUGUUUGGUGAGAUGGAAAUUAUCUGGAUCCUGGAUAAUAGCAUUUUUCUCUAGGCACUGGUCCAAGAGGCAGCAGCACUGCGUUAAGCUGUCCGGUGGUGAGUGACAAGUGACACUCAGGUUUACUCUUCUGGUAGUUGCAGGGCCUUCAGACACACACAGAUGCAUUUACAAACUUAAAAAACCUGCAGUGAAAUUAGUGCACUGACUGUUCAGGAAUCUGCACAUAGACUAUCAGAAGCCUAAAAUUCCAAGCACUGCUGUCUAAAACCUAGCACUUCAUUUCCUCUGGUGUGUGCAGGUCAUUUGUACAAUACUUCCAGAUUUUUCCCAUGGGUUGCACUGAUUUUAAGAUGUUUGAAAACCUAUUAAAGCAGAAAUCCAUUCAUUCACCUGUUCCUGGCUCUUUUCAUGUGGUUGUUAAUUAUUUGUAGUAACAACUCGGGAAUCUGUGUCAACGUGACCCUUUUCCAUGGCAAGAAGUUCUGACAACAGGAUGCUGUUGUGGUCUCACAGUGGGGGGAAGAGCUUGAAAGAAACCGUAGAAUGUGUGCAAAAGGAAGAACGGACUUGUGAGCAUGAGGAGGGAAUGUAUCUUGAGCAAAUAAAGAUGUAAUGAGAACAACUGUACAUCUAUUUAUGAAAGAAGAUCCUUCCGAUUCCAUUACAGCUUUGUAAGGUUCGAUUUGUUUCUCUUUACCUCCUGUUUGCUGGGGCUGGAUAAGAAACUACUUCAUUAAAAUAAACCAGGAACAAGCCCAAA